AUGCGUGAGGAAGAACUCAAGACCGAGCCAAAGCGUGCUCCCAGGGAGUACGACACUUGGUACUACCCACCAGACAUUGCCAAUGACCUCGACGGGAUCAACCUUCCCCAGCAGAUCAAAGGCGAGAUCUUUGCAACUGCAUGGGAGUACACCAGGACGGUCAUUCCUCAUUACACCAACUGGAACCGAUAUGUGGCUUUCAUGCGGAUCAUCGUCAUGGGGAUCAUUGCCGAGUUCAAGGGCGAUUUGCUCGACGUCACCGAUGGCGAUCAUGUGCUCAACUACAGCCUCGAUGGCAUUCUUUCCGACCUCUUCGCGGGGACACCCGGUCACGCCGAUAUGGCCCGUGAGUACAAGACGUUCUUGCUGGUCUCAGGAGACAAGUCAAGCGGCAGACGGCACGGGGAGUUCUUCAGAAGAUACGUCAACGUUCUCGCACAAUCACCAGAGCAAUACUUCCGUAUGCGGGAUACAGAUGCAUUGUGCCGCUUCACCAUUGCUGUAGCGCUGGCGUGCAGUGAUCAGGACGAUGUAUGGUUUACGGACGAGCAAUUCAACUUGCUCGCCGAGAUUGGUGACACCAUGUACGACGCCGUCUCUUUCUUCAAGCACCGAAGCGAGGGCGAGACCAACAGCACAUUCGCCUACAUGCCAGACGAGCAUCGCAUCGGAGCAUACAGGCAAUGCCGGGAGGUCCUCUGGGCACUCGAUGCAGCCUGGGGCCGCAAGAAAGAGAUGGCCUGUGUCACCAGCUUUCUGCGAUACUUUGGCGGUCCCCUUCACAUGAUGAUGCGAAGGUACCGUUUUGUCGAGGAGGAUAUGACCAUCGGCCGCCGUGAAGACGCUGGUGUAGUCGACCAAACUCGUGAUCACUACAAGCUGUGGAACCGAAUCGAUGCCCAGAAAGAGCGAGUCGUUGAUGAGAAGGAUCUGCGGCGAUACAAGGACAUAAUCGCAAGGGGCGAUGAGCUGUUGAUCGCUGGCCUGGCGAAGCAGAUCGAUGAGGAAGGCGAGGGUCGUUGCGACAAAUGCCUGUACCGAAGCUCAUAUGGCGCCGAGACAACACAUUGCUUUGGAGGUGUGCAACUCUGUGACUCGUGCAGAGAAUACUGGCGUUCGUACCUCCUGAGCUUCCCCGAGCGUGCGGCCAAGGUCUUCCCAGAGCUACAGCCAGUGUAUGAGAGAGCGAUAGUGAAUGUCGCUGUGCCGGAGAAGAGGACGAAGGAGCAGCCUCAGCUUGAGCUGGCGGAGAAGAAGCCGGUGGCGGAGCAGUCUGCAGUGGACAAGUCCCAACCGAUGGAGGUACCUGUGGCGGCAUGA